AUGAAUUUGUGUCCUUCUGAGGCCUCGGGCAAGCCGGAGACCAUUGGUGUGCGAGCAUAUGCUGAAUGCACGACAAAGCACGACGUUAAGCCUCCUGAUACCCUGCUCAACAAAGGCGACGAACGCAUGGCCCAGCCUCAGGACGACCAAAGUGGGAAAGUCCCCCCGCAAACUCCUGGCUCGGAUCGCGACUCUCUCGGCAUUCGAACGUUUCAUCCUGAACAGCAGGAAUCAAACGGUACGGAGGACUUCAGCAAGGACGUUACGGACGGCAUCUUCGAGAGCAUUUUGCGAGACUCUUCAGUAGCACCUGGCGAGUCCGAGGAUGUGACAAAGCUUAGAGCGAAGGUGUCGCAGCUCGAGACUGAAGUCUCAGGUCUGCAGCACGAGCUAUCUCAACGCCAGGCCAGCACUGUCGUGCCCGGAGAAGGCGAGCAGCUAAGUUUCGCGGCAACAGCCUCGGAGGAGCCUCCCCUGCUUGGAGCUGCAUAUCAGCAGAUCUCGGUUCUCAACACACAGCUAGCGCACCUCUACACGGAGCUCACACUGUCUAGAACCGAGGCUGCUGGCCUUCGGGCCGAAAAAGAGCAAGCAGAGGCUGGUGGCGGGGCCAACGAGAAGCUCGCAGCAUCAGAGGCGGCGGUUUCUGCAGCGCAGGCCGAAAACCAACGGCAAGCACAGCAAAUUGCCGAUCUGGUCAGUGACAUUCGACACCUUCAGCUGGACCUUGAGUACCACCAGCAGAAAGUCGACCAGCUUCUGGAGGAGAAGCAGGUGGUCAUGAAGGACAUGAAGUCCCUGCAGCAAGAGGUGACUGAGGCCCGGCAGCAGCUCGAAGAAAAGGAGCAAGUCCUCAAGCAUCAGGAGGUGGAUCUCAUGCACUACCGUCAGCUUGAGCAGCAAAGUCCUCGUGGAGGUAAAGACGGCGAUGAUGGCGUGCUGGAUGCGUUGCGCACGGAGGCUGCUGCGAAGGACAGUGCGCUCAUCGUCUCCCACUACGAGCUCCACAAGGAGAAGCUCAUGCGAGAUCGGCUAGAGCAGAAAAACUUGAAGCUCAUGGAGCGCAUGCAAAAGCUCAUGAUGGUAGUGGAAACCAUGCGCAAGGACAACGUCAACCUGGAGCGUUCACUCGCGUCGAAAGACCGGAUGUACGAGGAGAAAGACGCACAGCUCCGAAUAAUCAUGCAGAAGGUUCGGCAACUGCAGAAAAACACAAAGGGCAAACCCAAAGGGGCGGCAAAGGCCAAGGCACCACAGCCGGUUCUAGAGCUCGAAGGUUCCGUGCAGGCAGGGCCGGCAGCGCUUCAGCCUCUUUGCAUAUCACUUCCAUGUUCGCACAACGCUGCGCAGAACUUGCCGCCUCUUGAGUCGUCCAGAUACUCGGGUCCGGCAUGGGUCCAAGUCGCCCUGAACGUCAAAGAUGCGAAUCUGAGUGUUCUUGUCUGGACGUCGAGGCAAGUGGAAAGCAGAGUGGUCGCUCCACUCCACGGGGCUGGAGCUGGCUUCCAGCGCGCGGCGGAGAAACGUCUGCUGCUCGUUGGCCAGACCCAGGGAGAGUCCCGAAGCCGGCGGCUCGCGAUAACAUCGGAGCUGCUGCCUUCUAACAAUGAGUCUCACACACCAAACGUGAAAUAUGAGCAGAUCCACGACACGCCGCAUCCAUUGGAAAUCCGCCACACCUAUGCAAGUGCAUUUGCAUCAUGCUGCAUUCAGCUGCCGGUGAUAUCUCCGAAGGACCUUGUCAACUUCACCUGGGCCUCGGCGAUGUCGCUGAGGCGCACUUGCCGAGAGCUCGUUCUCGAGGUCGUUCUUCGACGAGCACUGAAAGCAGGCGGAGAUGGCUUAGACCGGCUCCAGAUGGUGGUGGAUGCUGCAUCGCUUCGAGUGCUCAACUCGUUCCUGCGAAUGGGCGAUCUGCACUCCGAGGGUGUCACCAGCGUCGAGCUGCUGGAAGAGUCCAGAGAGCCACUGCCUGGGCUGGAUGCGCUGUAUUUCCUGAGGUCGCAGGGUGCAAGCAUCGAGCGCGUUCUGGCGGAUUUCAAGACGGCUCCGCAGCACCGACAGGUGCACCUCUGCUUCUCACAGCCGCUGGAAUCAACGCUCCUCUCCAAGCUCGUUGAGGCCCCUGUGUUGGCACCACGCGUGAAAUCUUUUGUGGAAGUGCCCCUGAGCUUCGUGGUUGUACAGGAUCGAGGCUUCCACUUCGAUUCACCCGAAGCGAUAAUGGGGCUCUUUCCAGAGCCUGAUCUGCAGAUGUUGUCAGACACGGUCCAGAAGCUGGUGGAUGUGUGCCGAUGCUUGCAGGCCACAUCGCCAGUGAUCCGAUUUCAAUCUGAGUUAUGCCAGGACGUGGCAGAAAGAGUUCAGCGCGAACUUAGAAUGCACAAGAGCUUGACUACUCAGUCUCACGGCAAACCAUGCCAGCUGCUUAUUCUUGACCGCUCGAUUGACAUGGCGGCGGCGCUCGUUCACGAAUACUCCUAUGAGGCCUGCGUCUUUGAUCUGCUCGACGGCAACAUGCUGGAUGCAGAUCGGAACAUUGUGACUCUGAACAGCGGAGGACACAGUAAGGAGGUGCUCUUGGCGGACCCCUUAUGGGAGGAGCUGAAGUACAUGCACCUGGAGGCAGCGCGAGAGCUCGUCGAGGUCAAGGUGGAUGAAGUCAAGCGCCAAAAUGUGCAGCAGGAUGCUACGGCGAUCAGCACCCGGGCAAUGCUGGAUCAACUGCGCGCAGCGCCUGAGAUGCGUGAUGCUGUCGACCGCAUGGCUCUUCAUUUGGCGAUGAUCACGCAGAUCCACAGCCGCCUCAACUCGGAACAAAUCCUGGAGCCCCUUCACCUGGGUCUGCUGGAGCAGGACAUUGCCUGUGGAAUCGAUCGUUCUGGCAAAGAUGUGAAGAUCACGAAUCUCCAGACAACCUUGCAGAGGAUUCUCACUGACCGUCCGGAGUUAUCGAGCGAGGUGAAGCUUCGCUUGUUGAUGCUUUUCUUCGCCUGUGUGGCCAACGUGCCCGAGGCAAACCGAUCAAAGCUGCUGGAUGUGGCACAAUUGGGAGCUGACGACCAACAGGCUCUCAUGAACAUGCUGCGUACUCGCCUGAUGGAAGUUCCAGAAUCGCAGAGGCAUAAGCAUGCCAGCGGCUGCUCUCACCGAGUCACGAAGCAGCAGUCACACGUCGUCCACGGGUAUGUGGGCAAUCGUGCUGCCGUCUUCCCCCUCCAGCUAUUGGGCUUCGAGGUAGACGUGAUCAAUUCUGUGCAGUUCUGCUGCCAUACUGGCUAUCCCUCGUUUGCCGGUCAGCGCCUUUCUGGUGAUGAUCUUGAGACGCUGAUUCAGGGCAUGUCCACCAAUCAAGUGCUGAAUCAUUCUUUCCUGUUGACGGGGUACAUUGGCACGGCAUCCUUCUUGAGGGAGAUUCUCAAGCUGCGCCAGAUGCUUCCAGCCAGUUGUUGCUAUGUUUGUGAUCCAGUCCUGGGAGACAAUGGGCACAUGUACGUUCCCGAAGACUUAGUCGCCGUGUAUCGCACUGAUGUCUUGCAGCACGUAUCGGUCCUGACACCAAACCAGUUUGAAGCAGAACUACUUACCCAGAUGAGUAUUACUGGUAUCGACGACGCAGCUGCGGCAUGUGACAAGCUACAUCAGAUGGGACCCAAGAUUGUGGUGCUGACAACACUGGAUGUACCGGAAGCAACACGAGAGGGCAAGGAUGUUGCCAUGAUGCUGUCCUUUUCUGGUCGGAAGUGGAUGCUUCGGCUACCGCGUGUAGAGGGUGGACCUUUCACCGGCACUGGCGACCUUACAGCUGCAAUGAUACUCGCAUGGACUCAGAGGAAGCCUCACGAGUUGCCUUUAGCCCUAGAAAAGGCCGGCGCGGUGCUGCAGGGAGUGAUCAGGAAGACAAUGGCCUCUUCCAGUGCUCAGAUGAUUGGCGACAGGCGUGUCCCUCCAGAGUUGCGACUCAUUGAGUCCAAAGCUGCAAUUGAGUCGCCAAGCAUCCGCUUUCGAUGCCAACUAACGCCGCCGCUCAAGGUGUCCUGUUUGGCUUUUCAUGAUGCAGUGGUCAGCGACAGCAGCUGCAAGGAUAUCCUCCAGAGCCUUUGCACAGCUGCACGGGUUUGCGUCGUGUCGGACAAGGCUGCCAUGCCCAAAGACUUCGCCGCCCCGAAAGACGGGCUGAGCGUCCUCUGUGUAGAGUUAGGUGACUCGCAGAAAUUGGCGAAUAGCCUUUCUUCAAUCGGGAUCUCUCCCUGCGAAGUCCUUGCAGUUGGAGCUGCGUGCGAUUAUCUAGCAAUGGCUGCUGCAGCUGGGUGCCGUCCGGUUGCCAUGCUGGUGGGUGAAGACACAGAAGGUCAGAGCAGCAACGGAUACCCUGCAGGAGGCGCCGCAGGCGACGGAGACCACCAGUCUCUUUCAGCCAAGGCGGAGUUCACGAUCUCUUCCUUCGACUCGUUGCGUCGAUUUCUUCCAGCCUGGUUUCGCCAUUGCUCGGUGACGAAAAGUCAGCAUGGCUGCAAUCAGGCGGCCAGGUUCAAGAAGAACGCAGUGGCCGAGGGUCGUUUCGAGCUUUCUCGCUUCGAGCCACGCCUCAAGGAGAUCCUGGAGCAGCUUGUUGAAGACCGGCUAAGCUUGGAGGAGUUUCCGGUGCUCCAAAGCGCGGCGGAUGACUUUGGCCUGCGGGAAGCCGGUGCAGCAACUGCCGAGCCUCUGGGAGCUCCAGUAAUCCAGGCCAAAGAUGACUGGUCCUUCACCAGUGUUUCAGGCGGACUUGAAAGUGAGCACGCACAAGUAUCUCAUCGGGUCUUGGUCUUCGUGAUCGGUGGCUUCACUCUGUCGGAGCUAAGAGUCGCGGCUGAGGUGGAGCAGAAGAUGCCGCGGGGCACCGAGGUCAUCGUUGGGGGCACAUCUCUCCUGACACCGAAAAGGCUGCUUCGGACACUCAGGCCGCAGAACGAUGCAGAGCCAGGUGAGAUAGACUUGACGUGA